AUGGGAUUUCUUGGCAAAGAAGCUAUGGAGAGAAUAGUAAAACUCCUCCACAACGUGUUUGGCUUCUACGAAGGAAAUCUCUUGUGUGUUGCUGAUUAUCUACCAUUCAUAGACGCAUGUAAUGCCGAGGGAGGUUCUAUGAAUGCAGAGGACAUCGAAAGUAGAGAGAUCGAUGCUAUUGAAAAAGCCCUAGCCACCUUGAGAAGGCUGAAAGAAGCAACCAAUCUUGAUUUCUAUGAUGAAGCUGCCGAUAUUGAGAAGCUUCUUUCUGAUUUCGAUGCUUUUGAAAAGCAUUUACAGGAUUUGUUCCUGGAAUUUAGGAAUGCACUUAAGGAUGUCAAAUCCCUAGUUGAAGAGGCUAUAGAUAAGGAGAAGGAUGACAGCUUGAAGGAAAGCCUUAGAGGAUUUUUAUAUGUGGUUGAGGAGCUUACGUCUGAAGAUCAGACCAGAGCGUUAUGUGAUCGCAACCUUGGAGCCAUUAACUUUUAUGAGAAAAUACAGCAGAUGAAAAUUGAAGUCUUUGAUAGUUGCUUUGAUAGGGUUGCUAAUCAUAAGUUAGGUAUAAUGGAUUCUGUUAGACAAAGUCUGAAUGCCUUAGAGAUUAAGAUUUUCUUAGUUCCAGAAAAUGAAAAAAAGACGAAAUAUCUUCACGAUAUCAGGCAAUGUCAUGAGGACAUUGAUAAGGCUCUAGGGAUACUAGAGAGAACGCGUAGUGCGGGCAUUAAAAGCAUUUCAAAUAAUGAGGGGAUCCUCACUACACUUGAACAUGCAAAGGACGUUAUUGGUAAGGUUUCUCUAGGUGACAUAGAAAAAAGAAUUGAAUCUCUCAAGAAAGAUGUUAUUGAACUGGUGAAAGAAUUGGGUGAGGUGGCAUCGCUUCAACGUUUGAAUAGCGGCAAAAAUGCCUUGAAUACCAAAAUCGCUACUUUUCACAUUCCAUCGCAUUUCUACAAGCACAAUAAAAAAAAACCUGUGGGUACUGAAAAAUCUAUACAUGCUGGAAAGCCUAUUGAGGAAUUAUAUAUUCUGCUCAUCAUUGUUUUGUGCAUACACAUUCUUGUUUACUAUGUCUUCAGUGAUUGUUUUUAUGCACAGAAGUUGUGGAGUACAGCGCUAUAUAUGCUAGUUAUGGGUGGGUGCACCCUGUGGCUUGCAUGGAUUAUGAGAAAGAUCUGGGGAGGUGCCAUUACAGAGAAAGUAUUGAUAAAAGUGUUGGGUGGAGCAAUAUACAUGAUACCUGUAACAAUUAAUAUUUUUUCAACCGCGAUUGAAAGUGAGAUCUGUUUGGAAAUGAUAGGGAUUGGUGGGAUGCUAAUGUAUGCACAAGACCUUAUUCUGAAUGGAAUGACAUGGAAACAAAUGUGUGUAGUUGGAACAGGAAACAUUAUAUUGGCUAUAGGAUGUGUCUGCAAGGCCCUAGGAAUGCUUGAAAGAGGCAAGCACGGGCCAGCUUAUUUAGAAGGAGGGAUCAUUAUUAUAUUUGUUAUACUAGUUGGUAUUUUGUGUUACUGUCGAAGCAUAAGGAAAGGAGAAAAGAUAGGAGGGACUCUCGGAAAUGUGAUGUUUAUUCUAGCCAUGUCUAUCCUGACUAUGAUUGCCGGAGUUGCUCUAGACUGGAAGUCUAAUGAGUAUUGCAAGCAGACAGUGCAGAGGGACGCAUAA